UAAGCAGGUGUCUUGCUGUCAAUUGGAAUUCCUGUGUUAUUUAAGACAGUUUUGUAGUACACUGAAGAAGAAUGAUAAUGAACAACAAAACUGUCAUCACCCAGUUCCUUCUCCUGGGCCUGCCCAUUCCUCUAGAGUACCAACACCUGUUCUAUGCCCUGUUCCUGGCCAUGUACCUCACCACUGUCUUGGGAAACCUCAUCAUCAUUCUCCUCAUUAUACUGGACUCCCAUCUCCACACACCCAUGUACUUGUUUCUCAGCAACUUGUCCUUCUCUGACCUCUGCUUUUCCUCUGUCACAAUGCCCAAGUUGCUCCAGAACAUGCAGAGCCAGGACCCGUCCAUCCCCUAUGAAGGCUGCCUGGCUCAAAUAUUCUUUUUUAUGGUUUUUGGAGAUAUGGAGAGCUUUCUUCUUGUGGCCAUGGCCUAUGAUCGCUAUGUUGCCAUCUGCUUCCCUCUGCAUUACACCAGCAUCAUGAGCCCCAAGCUUUGUACUUGUUUAGUGCUAGUCUUGUGGAUACUGACAACAUCACAUGCCACGAUGCAAAUUCUGCUCACAGUAAGACUGUCUUUUUGUAAGAACAAUGUGCUUCUCAACUUUUUCUGUGACAUAUUUGUUCUCCUAAAGCUGGCCUGCUCAGACACUUAUGUUAAUGAUUUGAUGAUACUUAUCAUGGGAGGGCUCAUCAUUAUUAUUCCAUUCCUGCUCAUUGUUAUGUCCUAUGCAAGGAUCAUCUCCUCCAUUCUUAAGGUUCCAUCUACUCAAGGCAUCCACAAGGUGUUCUCUACCUGUGGCUCUCAUCUUUCUGUGGUGUCUCUGUUCUAUGGGACAAUUAUUGGUCUCUACUUAUGUCCAUCAGGUAAUGAUUUCAGUCUCAAGGGGUCUGCCAUGGCUAUGAUGUACACAGUGGUGACUCCCAUGCUGAACCCUUUCAUCUAUAGCCUGAGGAACAAAGACAUGAAGAGGGCCCUAAUAAGAGUUAUCUGCAGUAAGAAAAUCUCUCUGUAAUGGUGGCAUUUGAGAUUGUUACCUAAUUUUAUCUAAUAAAUGUAUUGAUAUUAAUAUUUUAUAUC